AGAAGACUUGUGAAGCGGUGUGUGUUCAAGUGUCGUGCAUGCAUUUUAUGCAUCUGUUUCUUUGCAUGCAUUCUCUCUCUUGGUUUCUUUUUUUAUUUUCUCUAACAUUAUUCAUCACUUCUUACCCAUAAAUUUAUAUUUUCAUGCUCAUAAAUCUCCAUAAUCACACAGAUGCAGACCCACUUUUUCAAUUUUGAAUUUAACCAGACGCCGCCGUUUUAUCGACUUUGACUCGCCUCUCAGCUCCGCCUCCACGAAUAUCACUGUUAAUAUCUAAGUGUUGCUAAGGUGCAGACUAUUUGGGAAUUGGGAUUUUGGGUUUUAGGGAUUUUUUUUUUAAAUUUAAAUUUGGAUUGUGUAUGAUUUUGAUUUAAAUGGGGUCCAAGAUUUGCAUGAAUGCAUCGUGUGGAAUCACUAUAAGUCAUGAAUGGAAGAGAGGAUGGACUAUGCGAUCUGGUGUAUACGGUCUUCUUUGCUAUACUUGCGGAACUGCAUACGAGAAUUCAGUUUACUGUGACACAUUCCACUUGGAUGAGCCUGGUUGGAGGGAAUGUUACACUUGUAAUAAGCGACUGCACUGUGGAUGCGUAGCGUCUAAGUCACUGUUCGAGCUUUUGGAUUACGGAGGUGUUGGGUGUACUAGCUGUUUAAAGAGUUCACGACUUCUCUCGGUUCAUAGGGAUGACAUUCCUAAUGGAUUUGGCCCGUUGUCAUAUAAUAAUUCUGGUGAUCAGGAAUCCACUCCUCUAGAAAAGCAAUCUACUCACAAUACUCUUGACGAGGGAAGACUUGCACAGUUCUGCAGACUUAUGGAAGCUAAUGAGCCACAGCCACUGUGUCAAUCUGAGGGAACCAAGACAAAUGCAGAUCGAGUGCAAUUUAGACAAGAGGAGACCACACAUCCAACUGGGGAAGCUGGCACAGGCUUCUCAGUUGCAGCUCAAUCAUCAGUCGUACCUUCUAAAUUUCCCAAUGGUACUAGAUCAAAACUUGACAUGAGGGAUUUGCAUAGACCACUUGCUCAGCCAUCAUUGAGUAUGGGACUGGGACCUUCUUCUGGAAGUACAAGUUUUCUUCCAUUUUCUUCUGGGGUGGUUGAUGGAAGGGAGCAAGGAAAAACAUCUCCAUUUCAGCAAGGGCAAAGAGCUCGCCCAAUAUUACCCAAACCGUCAAAACCUGCCUUUUCUGGGAGUUCAGAGACCAAUAAGACUGCAGUUACUGAUCUACGGAUUGCAAGACCACCUGCUGAGGGGAGGGGAAAAAAUCAGUUGCUUCCACGUUACUGGCCAAGGAUCACUGAUCAAGAGCUACAACAAUUAUCUGGAGAUUUAAAUUCCAAUAUUGUGCCAUUAUUUGAGAAGGUUCUCAGUGCCAGUGAUGCUGGCCGAAUUGGCCGUUUAGUUCUCCCAAAAGCAUGUGCUGAAGCAUAUUUUCCUUCUAUUUCUCAAUCUGAAGGCAUUCCUUUAAGGGUUCAAGACGUGAAGGGAAGAGAAUGGACCUUUCAAUUCAGAUUUUGGCCUAAUAACAACAGUAGAAUGUAUGUGUUGGAGGGUGUAACUCCUUGUAUACAAGCUAUGCAAUUACGAGCGGGUGAUACAAUAACAUUUAGUCAGAUAGAUCCUGGAGCCAAACUUGUUGUAGGUUUUCGCAAGGCAACAAACAACUCAAUUGAUCCACAGGAUGCCCAAACUUCUGCCCUUCCUAAUGGUGCUGCCUCAGCAGAAACAUCUGGUAUUGUUACAGUAAGUGGUUACUAUGGUGUGUUGCAAUCCUUAACCAAAGCAAGAGUCCUUACCCAAAUUCUUUGUUUGAACAUUUAAGCAGAUGGUGACAUUGGUUGGAACAAAAGUGAGAAUGAUGGAGGCAGGUUAAAUGCGGAUGCAUUGCAGCAGGCAACACCAGAGAAGAAGAGGACAAGAAAUAUUGGACCAAAGAGCAAGAGAUUACUCAUGCACAGUGACGAUGCUUUGGAGCUUAGACUUACAUGGGAAGAAGCGCAAGACUUGCUUCGUCCCCCACCAAGUGUCAAGCCAAGCAUUGUCACUAUCGAGGACCAUGAAUUUGAAGAAUAUGAUGAGCCUCCAGUUUUUGGGAAGAGGACCAUAUUUGCAGAUAGACCAUCAGGGGGACAGGAGCAAUGGGCUCAAUGUGAUGAUUGCUUUAAAUGGCGAAAAUUGCCAGAGGAUGUUCUUCUGCCUCCAAGGUGGACCUGUGUAGACAAUGUUUGGGAUUCAAGCAGAUAUUCAUGUUCUGCACCAGAGGAAAUGAGUCCAAAAGAUCUGGAUAGUUUUCUGAGGGUGAGCAAAGAUUUGAAGAAGCGGAGGAUGGUUGAGAGACGCAAGCCAUCCCCUGAACCUGAGCCUUCAGGAUUAGAUGCUCUAGCUAGUGCUGCAGUAUUAGGAGAAAAUCUAGUCGACUCUGGUGAGCCAUCAGUUGGAGCUACUACGAAGCAUCCCCGGCAUCGACCUGGUUGUUCUUGCAUUGUCUGCAUUCAGCCACCAAGUGGGAAGGGCAAACACAAACCGACAUGCACAUGCAAUGUGUGUAUGACAGUAAAGCGACGCUUCAAAACCCUCAUGUUGCGGAAGAAGAAACGUCAAUCAGAACGUGAAGCAGAAACUUUCCAGAAGGAUAAUAAUGAUCACAGGGAUGAUUCUGAAAUGAUUGGCUUGAGUAAUUCCAUAUUGCAUUUGAAUAACUCUGAGAAUGAAGGGAGUUCUAAUAGAAAUCAUACUGAGAUCCCUGAGAGUAGUGGUGGCCACAUAGACCUAAAUUGUCAUCCAAAUCGCGAGGACAUGCAGCCGGACAUGCAAGGGUUGAGCAUGAUGAACAUUUCUGAUGCAUCUAGCUUACGAUUUGACGAUUAUAUGAAGCAAAAUAGGCUUUCAAGCUUGGUGCUGGAGCGGCCGGCUAGCAUGCGCUCCUGUCUACAUUCACAAAGUAGCGGUGAGAAUCUGAGACGGUUGUCCGAUGAAGCAUUUCUUGCAUCUGUUGGCUGGAAUCAUGAGAGUAAAGGUGAUUGAGAGUAUGUGUCAAUUCAGUGAGCAUACAGUUUUUCCUUGAAAAAUUUAAUCCUCAUAUUUGAAAUAUAUUUUUGUUCCUUUUCUUUCAUGCCUAAAGUUUUAUAGUUUGCUUUCUCCUCUCCUAAGGAGUGGUGACAUACAUAUGAUAUCUCUAGUCAGAAAACAUAAUUUUGUUGUAAUAGUUAAUUUGCUUCAAUAUCAGCCAAUUUUUUUUUUUGUGUUCCCUGCU